AUGGGGGGCUCUCAGCCGCCGUUCAUGUACCAGUCCGUCAGCAGGGACGACGAGAGAUUCCCGGCUGUGAAAUUCGAUCCAAAGGCAGUGACUCGAGCAAGCUACGAGUCAAAAAAACCGAAACCCAAGCCAGACGGCCCGCUUGUCUCAUUCAACCGUCAUCCCGAUGCUCUCAUGGUACCCAAUGGGCGCAAACAAAAGUAUUCCCCAAUGGGCCAGAGGACAAAGAGCUGGAUCAAGGGUAUGCGCGUCGUGCAGAUGUGUCUCAGAGUUGUCCAGGCCAUCGCCGCCGUCGGCCUCAUUGUUGCUAUGAGCGUAUCAGGGCUGGUAGGAUGGGUUGUUAUCGGGACCUGUGCCAUUGUCAUUCUCCACUGCAUCUACAGCGUCUUCCACCAUGUUCGGCCAGCAGGAGCUAGGACCCCCGGCUCGUCUGCGGGUUAUCAGUUCUUCGCCGGUCUCUCUGACCUCUGUGUUCUACCUCUGUACGCGUACGGCGCCAUCAUGACCAGGAACAAGAACGAAGAGUGGAAGACGACGGCGCCCCCUGACGACCCGGACGUUGUGAAGUACAUGGUCCCGUCUGUCUUCUACGGUCUCAUCGGCGCUGGUGGCUUGCAUCUUAUUUCGCUGGCUAUCUCCCUAUGGCUCGGCUUGAUGUUCCGCCGCAUCGCAUACAUGCCCCCGGACAUGAACCCGCUCGAGGCCAACCUCACCUCGCGCGUACACAAGCGGAAUAAGUCCUCUGUUACCACCACAUCGACCUACUCGGACGAAAAGCGAGAGAGCGAGCUCUACGACGGCAGCAGCUCCCCGCCCGCCUAUCAAGUCCCCACCAGCAACCGCAACUCGACUACCUCCCAAGACCUGAAGCGCAUGUCUGCCCCGCCUCCCCCAGCGCACCGCGCCUCCUACACGGAAAUCCCUCUCGGCGAAACCGGCGCUUCCUCCGCCCGCCCAGUCUCUGUGCACUCGUCCUGCCCCAGCACCGGCUCCGUGCCCUCCUACCGCGCCGAGCCCGUCUCCCCGGCCCAGACUGUCCAGCCGCGCUCCGCCAAAUUCACCGAGACCUGGUACGCCUCCGAGUCCCUCAUCAACCGCACCCAGCAACGCAACCGCGCCACCCCCACCCCCAAAAACAAAGCCGCCUACGCCUCCCUCGACGCCUCGGACGGCGACGACAACUCCGACUCAGAAAACGACACUUUCUACACCCCCGCCCGCGGCACCACCACCAACAACGAAAACGCAAACCACCCCAACCCGCUCCGCUCCAACCCCCUCGCCACUAACGACAACACCACCGCCACCCCCACCACCCCCCGCCGUCCCCGAACCCCCUUCUCCCGCCUUCGUAACUCCGUCCUCUCCACCAUCUCCCCCAACGACCGCCGCGUCUCCGGCAGUCAAGACAUCACCGACCAAACCCACACCCACAGCACCAAAGCCCUGGCAAUCGGCAGCAGCGGAGGCCCGCGCAACCGACUCUCGUCCAUCCAGCCCGACGGCGCCUUCUUUCUCGAAACCGUACGGCGAGCUCCGCGCCGCGACGCCGCCUGUCAUUGUGGGCGGGAAAGAUGA